GAACACAGUCUGUAAUCUGUAGUCCCCAAAUUAGGCUCCGAAACUGAAUGAAAAUUUCCACCAAAAUCUUUAUCGAUUAACUGAGAAAAUCAUCCAAAACAAAUGCACAAUCAGGAAGACAUUCGUAAAUUGCCGAUUGAUAUCGCGUUUGCUCGUCUGGGAGAAUGGCUGGUGGAUCGGAAGAGAAUUCCGGCGGACUGGCGGAAGCGAUUGGCCGCGGUGAGAGCCAAGAUUUCAACGGAGUUUGCAUCACUGCCUAAAGACAUUGAUCCUUACUUCCUAACCCUGGAGAUCGAAGGGAUUGGGUAUCUUGAAGCCAAAAAAAUAUAUGAGAUUCUCCUAAAGUCGACUCCGGAAAGCCGUAAUAUUUUUGGCCGGCUUUCAGGUGCUGCUGUAAGAUCCUCGAAGACAUCAUCAUUAAUACUCUCUCUAAUUUUUCUGUGUAUGCUUGUGUGAUGUACAACUUUUUUCUCGUGUUGUGAAAUAUGUUGAAUUCCAACAGGGUGCUUGGGAGGGUAUUGUGCGUGCAUUUGAGAAGGAUUCGAUAUUUCUGGGAGAGGCUGCUCAGCUAAUGGUUCAGAAUGUUAAUUAUGAAAUCCCUUAUCAGAAGAAGCAAAUUCAGAAGAUUCAGCAGCAACUUACUGAGUUGGAGCGCAAGGAGUCUGAUAUCAAAAGAAAUGCGGCUCUUUCUGCAACUAAAUAUGCAGAGGCUUGUCAGGAUCUUGGGUUGCAGGGAGUAGAUGUGAGGUCAGAGCUUGUAUAUACUGCAAAAAGUUCACUUCCAAUUACAUUCAGCAAACUGCUAGAAGUCUUGAAUGGUGAUUCUGUUUCAUUGGCUAUUGAGUAUUAUUCAGCAUUUGUCAAGGAUGCUCAUACUGAACAGGACAAAACUCCAGCUACGGUAUUAGGAAAUUUAAGAGAGACCCGUGAAAAGCCUCCUUCUCUUACAAUUGCUGUCCACUCUGAAGCUUUUGAUUCUGCAACCACUGAACCAUUGCAUGGUGAAGCAAACCAAAUAAUUGGAGAAACAGAAUUUGCUGCUGAUACGAGUAUUGAUUGGGAUAUCACGUUGGACACUGCCCAGAUUGACUGGGAUAUUGGUACCGUAGAAGAUACCGAAGAAAAUGGCAAUGGCCUUGGCCCUUAUGAGAUUGUUAAUGCUAGUGAUGUGUCAAAUUCUCCCGAGAAUGAAACCAGUGAUUCUCAUCAGCUCUCAUCUGAGCAGUUUUCUGCUCCAGAAGUCUCAAUAUCUGAUAUCUCUUGGGAUAUAAGCGUGGAGAAUCCUGAAAUUAAUGUGGCUGAGGAAUCUGGUUUUGUUAUUUCUAAUGAUCAAUCAGAGUCGGUCAUUCAAAACACUUUAUCGCUGGUGCAAGACAGUAACAAAGAGAGAAGUCCCCUUUUGGAGACGGAAUAUAGGAAUAAGAUUCUUGAUGAUCUAUUUGAGGUUAAAGCAUUUCUGAAUCAACGAUUGUCUGAAUUAACGAACGAAGAUACUUUGUCUUUACAACACCAAGUCCAGUCAGUCGCUCCAUUUGUCCUGCAGCAGUAUUCUUCAGCUUCAAUUCAGGCAAUGCUUUCUGAUGUUACCUUGGCUAUAUCAUUGCUGACAAAUAGGAAAACGAGGGACCUCAUCAUGAUUCUGAACUCAAGAAGAUUUUUGGAUAGACUUGUAAAGACCUUGGAAGAAAAGAAGCACCAUGAGAUGAAGCUAAAGGAAGGAUUGAAGGACUUGGCUAUCAGACGUAUGGAACUCCAGAAUGCAUUAUCUUCAUCAUGGCCCAAACAAGAAGUAGCAGUGGUGAAGACCCGAGAGUUGAAGAAACUUUGUGAAACUACACUUUCGUCCAUGUUCGAUGGAAGGCCUGUCAAUAUCAUUGGGGAGAUAAACACAAUGUUGAAUACUGGUUUGAGUGUAUAA